ACAUCACACAUAUUUAUACGCACUUGUCACUUGUGUUGUGAAAUAUCGAUUGUGUUUAAGUAAUGAUGCCACCAGCUGCAAAAUACAAACAUUAACGAAAUAAAUUGAAUGCUAUAUCUUUAUGUAAACUUAUAAAGACUUGUGUGAUAAAAGAAACUACGUGUUUAAUUUUGUCUGCUCAAUCUUGUAGGUAGUGCCGUAGUUGUGAAUUUCAAAUAUCUUUUAGACGAUAUAUUGAUUAAUUUUUGUUUUACACGUCAUUGGUUGAUUAUUAACAUGUUGGGCAAGUCCGAGAUUCGUGUCUUUAAAGUAAUUGUUAUUGGAGAUUCCGGUGUGGGCAAGACGUGUUUAACGUACAGAUUCUGCUCUGGAAAAUUUCCAGUCAAUUCAGAAGUCACGAUUGGGGUGGAUUUCAGAGAAAAAUGUGUCGAUAUUGAAGGAGAGGUUAUAAAGAUCAGUAUUUGGGACACGGCCGGUCAAGAGCGAUUCCGAAAAUCGAUGAUAAGUCAUUAUUACCGCGGCGUUCAUGCGCUCGUCUUUGUUUACGAUGUCAACAGCCAAAUCAGUUUUGAAGCGCUGCCCAAUUGGAUAGCGGAAUGCGAAAGGUACAACCUGACCUCGUCUGUUCCGCGGAUUCUAAUCGGAAACAAGGUUGACACUGGAACUCAAACGGUGAAUACAAAUACUGCACAGAAAUUUGCAGAUUUACACAACAUGCCUUUGUUCGAAACGUCAGCGUUGGACGAUAGCCUUUCGAAUCAUGUGGACUCGAUAUUUAUGACGUUGGCUCAUAAGCUCAAGGCGAGCAAGCCCAUGAUGGGUCCAGCACCUACGGACGCACCCCCAUCGAUUGUUCUCCAUAGAGCAGACGUUAGCGGAAUUGACCAUUCGGAAGAGCAAUCUUCAUCAUGUUUAUGCUAAUUUUAAGUAUACGCUGGUGAUAGGUUUUGAACAAAUAAAGUAGUGAUUAAAUUUCGCAUAAUUUAUAUACAAAGCGUUGUUCAAGGAAAAGACUAACUGAUCAAAAUAAUGUAUUUUUAAUUUUAUAUAUUAAAACAAUGCAGCAAUCUGUCUGUUACAUCUGUCUGUUAAGGAACUAUGUAUUGUAGAACACCGUAUAUACGUUCGGAGAUGUUAUGGAUAAAGUAGAUAACAAUUUAAUAAUGUAUGUUCAAUAUGACCAUAAAAUAAAAAUGAUGUGCAAAUUACAAAACAACAA